AUGUCUGACGAAACGAAUACAGUAACUUCUAAUGAAGAUAUCGGAAGCAGAAAGUCCAAAGAUCAAAAGUCAUCAAAAGAAGUUUGUGAAGAAUUCGGAAUUGAAUAUAUACCAAUGAAAUAUACCGAUAAUGAUUUUGUUAAUCUAUCAACUUUUAAAUUAUUUUCACAAAAUAUACGUCCAACUAUUAAUUCACGUUAUCCAAAAUUAGCAACACAAAAAAUAAUGACACUUAUGGCUGCUUAUUGGCGUGAAUUUCUUGAAAUAAAAAAUUCUCAAAAUUCUUCAAAUAAUACAUUAACUGAAACAAAUAAUGAUCAAGAAGGAAAUGAUCGUAUGGAUCUUGAGGAACCACGUUCUAUUGCAACAUCAACACCACCACCACCACCACUAGGUCGUUCUCGUCGACGUCGUGCAAUUGUACAAGAUGAUAUUGAUCCUGAUGAUAUAAAUGAUCAACAAGAUGAUGAUGAUAAUAAUUCUGUAGCAACAAAUUCAUCAUCACGUAAAAUUACAAAUACAAAUAAAAAAAUUCCAUCGUUAAAAAUAAAAUUACAAAAAGAUCAAGCAGCUGCUUUAGUAGCUAAAGAACAAAUGAAUUCAUCAUUAGGUAAUGAUGAUGAAGAAAUAAAACCAUCAAAAAAAUCAAAUCGACAACGUAAACGUAAACGACGUGAUGAUGAAGAUCCAUCGAAUGAAUCAGAUGCUGAAUUUGAAGCUAUGCUUGUACAAAGUGAAAUGAAUGAAGAAGAAGAACAACCGAAAAAAAAACGUGUUAAAAAACCACCAAAACCUCCUAAACGUAUAGCAAGAUUAAAUAAUCGUCGACAACAACAAGCAGCAGCUGAAGAUUUAAUAAAUAUUCCACUGGAACAAGCUGGUUAUGAAACUGAUCAUCAAGAUUAUUGUGAAGUAUGUCAACAAGGUGGAGAAAUUAUUCUUUGUGAUACAUGUCCAAAAGCUUAUCAUCUUGUUUGUCUUGAUCCUGAACUUGAACAAGCACCUGAAGGUGAUUGGUCAUGUCCAGAAUGUACAAAAAAUGGUAUUACUAUUCGUACGAGACAAGCUGCUGCUGCAGCAGCUGCUCGACAAGCCAAAGAAGAAGAAGAUAAUCAUAUGGAAUAUUGUCGAGUUUGCCGUGAUGGAGGCGAAUUAUUAUGUUGUGAUCGAUGUCCAUCUUCAUAUCAUAUGCAUUGUUUAAUUCCACCAAUGACAGUUAUUCCAGAAGAUGAUUGGUUUUGCCCACGAUGUACUAUUGAACCACCACCAUAUGCUGUUAAGAAAAUUCUAACAUGGCGUUGGGUUGUUCAUCCAGAUUUACAUUCAACAGUAACAAGUGAUACAACAACAUCAGAAGUAACAAAGACUGAUGAAAAUGGUGAAUCAGCAACAACAAUAACAACAAUUAUUGAACAACGUACUAUAACAACAACAACUGCUGAUGAUGCUGUACCACCAGCUGAAGGUGCUGGUACUGGUGCUGAUAUUAAACAACGUCUUAUUCCAAUACUAGAUCCAAAUUUACCACCAGGUAUUACACGUGGUCCCUUUAAAACACGAGAAUUAUUUGUUAAAUAUGAUGGUUUAUCAUAUUGGGCAUGUGAAUGGUUACCAGAAUUACAAGUUGAAGUUCAUCAAUCAUCAUUAUGGCGUUGUUAUAUUAAAAAAAUCGGUGAUGCUAAACAACCACAACCAACAAUUGAUAUUGAAGGUGAAGAAGAUGAUGAAGUAUCACGACGUUAUUAUAAUCCAAAAUUAGAACAUCGAUAUUAUAGACAUGGUGUUAGACCAGAAUGGCUUUGUGUACAUCGAAUAUUAAAUCAUCGAAAAGAAAAAGGUGGACAAAUGUAUUAUUUAGUUAAAUGGAGAGAAUUAGGUUAUGAACAAGCAACAUGGGAAAUUGAAAAAGAUGGAAUGUAUACAGAUUUAAUUGAAAAUUGGCAACAACAUAUUGAUAAUUAUUGGAAGUUAAGAAAUGGAGCUGAUGCUGAAGAGAAAAAAAAGAAAAAAUCUGUUUCAUUGAAAGUUACACGUCGUUCAAAUCGUGAACUUGAAGAAAGUCGUUCAGUAGAUGCAAAUGGUGAUUCAGGUGAUGAAAGUGAACGUUCAGGAAAAUAUCCACCACCACGUAAACGUUAUGAAAAACAGCCAGAUUUUAUUGAUGUAACAGGUGGUACACUUCACCAAUAUCAAUUAGAAGGUUUAAAUUGGUUACGUUAUUCAUUUUCACAAAAUACUGAUGUUAUUCUUGCUGAUGAAAUGGGUCUUGGAAAAACAAUUCAAACAAUUGUCUUUUUACAAGCUUUAUUAAAAGAAGGUCUUUCACGUGGACCGUUUCUUAUUAGUGCACCAUUAGCUACAAUUAUUAACUGGGAAAGAGAAUUUGAAUUUUGGGCACCGGAAAUGUAUGUUGUUACUUAUACAGGAGAUAAAGAAGCAAGAUCAGUUAUUCGUAAACAUGAAUUUUCAUUUGAAGAUGAUGCUAUCCGUGCUGGCCCACGUGCAAGUCGUGUUCGUAGUGGUGUUAAAGUUAAAUUUCAUGCAUUAUUAACUUCAUAUGAAUUGGUUAGUGUCGAUUCGGCAACCCUUUCUUCAGUUGAUUGGGCUGUUUUAGUUAUUGAUGAAGCACAUCGUUUAAAAAAUAAUCAAUCACGAUUUUUUCGAACAUUAUUUGAAUUCAAUAUUGGUUAUAAAGUUCUCCUUACUGGUACACCAUUACAAAAUAAUCUUGAAGAACUUUAUCAUUUAUUAAAUUUCUUAAAACCAGAUAAAUUUAGUGAUAUGGAUGGUUUUCUUAAAGAAUUUAGUGAUUUAGCUAAAGAUGAACAAGUUGCUAAAUUACAUGAUAUAUUAGGUUCACAUAUGUUACGUCGUUUGAAAGCUGAUGUUUUAAAAAAUAUGCCGUCAAAAUCUGAAUUUAUUGUUCGAGUUGAAUUAAGUCCCAUACAAAAAAAAUAUUAUCGUGCCAUAUUGACAAAAAAUUUUGAUGCUUUAAAUGUUAAAGGUGGUGGUGGGCAAGUAUCAUUAUUAAAUAUAGUUAUGGAAUUAAAAAAAUGUUCAAAUCAUCCAUAUUUAUUACCAGCUGGACAUUAUGAAGCACCACGUACAGCUAAUUUAGCAUAUGAAGGUUCAGCAUUAACAAAAGCAAGUGGAAAAUUAGAUUUGUUAGCUAAAAUGUUAAGGAAAUUAAAAGAACAAGGACAUCGUGUCUUAAUUUUUUCACAAAUGACAAGAAUGUUAGAUAUACUUGAAGAUUUUCUUGAAUAUUUGGGUUAUAAAUAUGAACGUAUGGAUGGAAAAACAGGUGGUGCUGAAAGACAAGAUGCUAUUGAUCGUUUUAAUGCACCUGGUGCUGAACAGUUUUGUUUUUUACUUUCAACACGUUCGGGUGGUCUUGGAAUUAAUCUAGCUACAGCUGAUACUGUUAUUAUUUAUGAUAGUGAUUGGAAUCCACAUAAUGAUAUUCAAGCUCUUUCACGUGCUCAUCGUAUUGGUCAACAAAAUAAAGUAAUGAUAUAUCGUUUUGUUACUCGUGAUUCUGUUGAAGAACGUAUAACACAAGUUGCCAAGAAAAAAAUGAUGUUAACACAUUUAGUCGUUCGACCGGGUGUUGGUCGUGGUACUAAUAUGAGUAAAAAAGAAUUAGAUGAUAUAUUACGUUUUGGUACAGAAGAUUUAUUUAAAGAUGAUGAUGAAGUUGUAGGUAAUGGUGAAGGUGGUGAAGGUAGUGGUUCAAAAAUUCAUUAUGAUGAUCAAGCUAUUGACAAAUUACUUGAUCGUUCACAAGAAGGCAUACAAGAAAAAGAAGAUGGUCUUAAUGAAUAUUUAUCAAGUUUUAAAGUCGCAUCAUAUGCAACACGUGAAACAAUCGAUGAUGAAGAUGAAGAUAUACGUGAACAAACAACAACAGCAGCUGAUGAAAAUCUUGAUCCAUUUUAUUGGGAAAGAUUAUUACGUGUACAGUAUGAACAAGAUCGAGAAUUAGAAAGUCAUGCAUAUGGUAAAGGUAAACGUUUAAAGCGACAAGUUAAUUAUGCUGUACCAAAUAAUGAUGAAAAUUGGAAUGAACAUAAUUCAGAUAUAGCUAGUGAAUAUGAUGCACCAUCAGCUGGUGGUGAAGAUGAAGAUGUUGAUUUUGAUGAAACACCUGAUCGUAAACGUAAAACAGGACGUGAUCGUCCAUUACCACCAUUAAUAUCAAAAUCUGGUUCAAAUAUUGAAAUCUUAGGUUUUAAUCCACGACAACGUAAAGCAUUUUUAAAUGCAAUUAUGCGUUUUGGUAUUCCACCACCGGAUGCAUUUAAAUCUCAAUGGUUAGUUCGAGAUUUACGUUGUAAAUCAGAAAAAGAAUUUCGAGCAUAUGUUUCAUUAUUUAUGAAACAUCUAUGUGAAAAUGUAUCAGAUAAUGCUGAUACAUUUUCUGAUGGUGUACCACGUGAAGGUUUAUCUCGACAUCAUGUUUUAUCACGUAUUGGUAUAAUGUCAUUAAUUAGAAAAAAAGUACAAGAAUUUGAAAAUAUUAAUGGACUUUGGUCAAUACCUGACCAAGCAUCAAAUGAAAAUUCAAAUGAUUUAGUUGAUGAAUCAAAUAAUAAUACAAAACAACAAUCAACCAAUAAAACAACAAGUAAUACAAGUAUUAUAUCAAAUGAAAAUACAGCAAAUAUUCAAUCAACUGAAUCAAAUGAACAACUCACAGGUGGUACACCAUUAAAUGAAGCAUCUAUCGGUGGUUCAAGUAGUAAUUUAAUUGGUGAAUCAAUGAGUUUAAGUGAUUUAAUUCCUAAUAAAAAUGACAACGAAAAAAAUGAAGCAAGUAAUGAUGUUGAAAUGAAAGAUAAUAAUGAGAUACAAAUUAAGGACGAAAAAGUUGAUGUAACUGGAUCUAAUUCUAAUCUUCCUACGACUGAAACUAGUAAAUCAUCAAGCAAUCGUAAAUCUCAAUAUGUUCGUAGUGAAAAAUUGAAAGAUUAUAAAUUUAUGUUUAAUAUUGCUGAUGGUGGUUUUACUGAAUUACAUUCAUUAUGGUUAAAUGAACAACGUGCAUUGACACCAAAUCAUGAACAAGAAAUUUGGCAUCGUCGUCAUGAUUAUUGGUUAUUAGCAGGUGUUGUAACACAUGGUUAUUCACGUUGGCAAGAUAUUCAAAUAGAUCCAAAAUUUUCUAUUAUAAAUGAACCAUUUAAAAUGGAUAUGGCUAAAGGAAAUUUUCUUGAAAUGAAAAAUAAAUUUUUAGCACGUCGUUUUAAAUUAUUAGAACAAGCACUUGUUAUCGAAGAACAGUUACGUCGUGCUGCAUUUUUAGGUUUAGCUAUGGAACAAACAAAUCCUGCAUUAACAUUAUCACAACGUUUUAGUGAAGUUGAAUGCUUAGCUGAAUGUCAUCAACAUCUAUCAAAAGAAUCACUAGCUGGAAAUAAACCAGCUAAUGCUGUACUUAAUAAAGUUCUUACACAAUUAGAAGAAUUAUUAAGUGAUAUGAAACAAGAAAUAAAUAAAUUACCAGCUACAUUAGCACGAUUACCACCAGUAUCUCAAAGACUUAAUAUGUCUGAAAGAAAUAUUCUUUCUCGUUUACCUAAUGGUCAAAAUCUACAACCAUCAACUCAAGUCCCAACAACAACAGUAACAAAUGGAAAUGAGUAUGCUUAUGGAAGUUAUUCAAAUUUCAUUGGACCUUUUGCAUUACCUGCUGGUGGAAAUAGUAAUAAUAAACCAACUUCUUCGUCAUCGACGGCAUCCGUUGAUUCUUCAUCAACUCGAAUGAAAUCUUCAACACCUAAUAAUGAUGCUUAA